AUGCUGGUGAUCGUCAGUGAAGAACAAAAAACAUUCACUCACUUGCGAAGUGGAUUUGUGUCUCGUCUGGUAGAGUCUCACCGAGUUAGCCCUGGGUCAACCUCCAGACUCAAGCCAGUGGGUGAGCAACGCUACAACUCUCACAGACCAUGGAUGUGGCCUGUCUGCUUCAAGUCACAGGUGUGGUAUGACGUCAACUUUCGCAUCGUCUUACUGGGUAACCCUGUGAUAUUUUGGAUCAACCUGGUGUUCCUGUUUGUGGCUCCACUCCUGCUUCUCCACCACUACUACAAGCACAAGCGAGGGUACACACCCUCACCCAGGCUUGCAGAGAGGAAGGAGAGGAUCGUGUUUGCUGUUAAGUGGCUGUUCCUGGCCUACCUUCUACACUACGUCCCCUUCUACACCAUGGAUCGAAUCCUCUACUACCAUCAUUACUUCCCAGCCCUCCAGUUCUCUUCCAUGCUCACAGCGGUGGUAUUAGGAUACUUCUUGGAGAGUCUACCCUCGUGGUUGUCCCCAGACACAGCCAGACUCGCCUUUCCACUGGACACCGCCUCGUUCUUCGCCAUCUUCGCCUACAGGUUGUGUUCAUAG